UUUCGACUGUUUAUAUGUACCAGUUCUCUACUGUGAAAUCGCCACUUGCUUUGACACUAAGAUAUGGCAACUGAUCUUGGUAAAACAGCAAGCAAGUCUAUUGGAAUUCCGGGGGCAGGGAGUGUUUUAACAAUACAAAAUGAUGAAUUAGGUUUAAUAUCGACUCCAAAACUUUCUCCUUCAUCUGUAACAUCUCUUAAAGACACUGAAAAACUUGGUAUUCCUUUAAAAACUCCGUGGACAAUGUGGUAUGAUAGAUAUGAGAGAGGUUUAUCAGCAGCGGAAUACCAAGCAAAUCUGAAGAAAAUAUACACUGUCAGAACUGUUCAGGGAUUUUGGAGUGUCUAUAAUCAUAUACCGCCUGUAGGUAGCAUUGGAUGGGGAAGCUACCAUCUGAUGAGAGAUGAAAGACGACCUAUAUGGGAAGAUCCUGAAAAUGUUAAAGGAGGUUAUUGGAAGAUGAGAUGUCCAAAAAACAAGACGGCAUUAGCAUGGAAAGAUCUUAUUCUUGCAUUAAUUGGAGAGCAAUUUACAGACUAUGUUGGAAAAGAUGAUUGCAUUGUUGGUGCAAGUGUAAGCGUUCGUGAUCGUGAUGAUAUCCUACAAAUAUGGAAUGAUAAUAGCAGUGCUGUUGGUUCUGCCAAGGUACUCACAAGACUUGCAGAAAUUGCGCCAGGAUUUGAUACAACAGGAGCUUUUUACAAAGCUCAUCAGUCGCAUCAAGCAUUUGAAUCUGGAUCCUGGAAGAAAUCCGACGACAACCCAUUCAGCAACUUUCGAAAUUCUAUAUCGUCCCGGUAGUCCACUGUGAAAUGUUUAUCAUAAUAAAUUUUAUUGUAGAAGAUUCAGAUAUGUUUCUUAGAACAAAUAACAGAUUAUUUGUU